GAUAAUGCUGACUUACGUCUGACUGAAAAGGCAUACAAAAAAGGCUUGGUAUCUGAUCAUCGCUGGUCACAUUUUAAACAAAUGUGUUCUCGUCUAGAAGUACUUGAUGAAAGGCUAGAUUCUAUACGUUUUACUUCUGAUGGAUGGAAUGCGAAAAUUGAAGGGUUAAAUACUCCUGGGAAAACUGGCCUAAUUUAUUCUGCAAAGAAAUUACUUGUAAAACAUCCAGAAUUGAGGCUAGAAAAGCUAGCAAAUGUAUGGCCUUCCCUCUUCAACGAAUUUCUCGGGGAACGUUUACUUUUGGAAAGAAUAAUAAAUAAACAACGUUAUUUACAUUUAAAUAAAGAAUUGAGAGUUAGAAUAGAAAAAUUAGAAAAAGAAAUGAAUACAGAAAUACCGACAAAUUUAAAUUAUUUGGAAAAUGUUGAAAUUAAGGCAGAAGUGAGGGAAAGAUUAAAUGAAGUUAAACCGAAAACUUUGGCUGCUGCGGCCAGAAUUUCUGGUGUAACAGAUACAGUUCUCUUCACUUUAUUACGUUAUGCAAGGAAUACUUUAAACAACAACAACAAUGUUUAA